AUGGAUCCGUUUAUUCACUUACCAGAAUAUCGAAUUGCUGUGUGCAAGAAAUGUCAUUUCGGCUCUUCCACCUCCAACAAUCGACCCAAUUCCCCUCCUCGCCCCCCCACAAACCGAGGACUUCGGUGCCGGAAAUGCCCUUACGUCGUCCGUCAGGUUCAGAGUAUCCAGGCACAUUGCUCAGAAAAGCAUGGGUGGCAGAAUCCUAGGAAUAAAGGAAGACCAACAGAUAACAACUCUGGCCGCAACCUUGGGGCUAUCCCCGAGCUGCCGUGGGUGCAGGGUGUACAAUGCCAGCGGUUCUUUCCCACUAGGGCGGGCAGCAGUUGGUUCGAAGUAGGCCGGGGGAAUACUAGCAAGAAGACAGCGCCGGCAGUAGGACCCUCGCCCUUGAUGGUUCAACCACCAGAACCUACAACUUUAACCCCCGAGGUGUACACUCACUUGAACGACGUGCUAUUGCGGGAUCAGAAACAUCUCGAGAAAGAAAACCAGCCACGUGUCUGCAGCAAAGUACUGGGAGAAGACACAUUUGCAGCCACAAGCGUCUGGAUGGACCGCACACAAUGGCCGGCUAUCUUCCAUGACUCCCGGCGAGACAUUCUGCGGGCCCUGACUCAGCUGCCCGAUCACCGCACUCUGACGGUGGACUAUGUCUUAGGUCAAGCGCCCAAUGAGGAAGAACCAGACGUUGUGAGCCCUUGGCAGGACGAGCAGAAGAUAGCAUGCAUUCUGAGUGCCUUGGAACACGUAUUAGAGCGGUGCGAAACGACAGCCCGUCAUACAAGCCGUACCCUCUUAUGUUGGCUGCGCAGUCCUAAGCUUGAGACUUGCGGCCAGAACCCAUUUACUCUUCCAGCUGAAAGGAGUAGCCGGCAGAGGUAUUGGAAAUUAUGGAAACGAUUCAUAGCCUUUGUUAUUCGAGGCUAUCGAAUGCCCACCUGGAUCCGGGAAUCCGAAACCAAAAUAAGGCUCGAUGAGGAGCAUUCAAGACAACUGCAGAAUAACGAAGGCCAGUCGCAUCGCAACAAUCUCCUAUUAAUUCAUUUGACGACCUGUACCUCCAGCCGAGAGAUGAAAGAGGCGUGGCGGGUUCUUGCAUUGUGCAAUUCGAUGCUACAGAGUCGUGCUGUGUCUUUUUUAUACGUACGGUUUAACUGAAGUGCCUGUGACCUCAUCUAGUGAAGCCGGCGGUGGCGUCGUCUUUG